AUGACGCAGCAACCGGGGGAGGAGGCGAAAUGGGGGCGCCACGCGGCGGUCGUUGACGUGCGUGAGGCGGAGGGCCGCGCGAGACCCGGCCGGCGCGCCCCCGAAAUCGAGGACGAGGAUGAGGACGGCAGCUCCGUCCGCUCCUUCGCGGGCGGCCCGGCGGCCGACCUGCGCUGCGAAAAGGACGAGCUCAUCAGCCGCGUGGGUGCGACGCUGAUGCAGGACGUGCAGUUUUCGCCGCAAGCCGCGUCGGGUGGGGCGCAGGCGCGUGCGGCGUACAAAAACGCCGCGCGCAUCGCCUCCCUCGCGCACGCGAUCAGCCUGGAGGACGGCGAGUUCGUCCUGAAGCUCGCCCUGUACGUCCGCCGCGACCUCAACAUCCGCCGCACCGCCGCCGUUUUGGUGGCCCUCAGCGCCUUUGAGCCGAAGUGUCAGCCCUUUCUGAGGUGCUACAUGCGCCGCAUCAUCUGCCUCCCCUCGGACUGGCUGAGCAUCGCCAACAUUGCCGUGGAGCAGCCGCACCUGCGCCUCUCGCAGCCAGCGGCGUCCACCAGCCAUGACGCGGCCUCCACGGCGUCGGAGCCCCAGCAGAGGGGGGAGGGGAGCGAGCGGCGGUCGCUGCCCAACGCACUGCGGCGCGCCCUCGUAGCGACCUUCACCAUGUUCGACGACCACUCCCUCGCCAAGUACAACACGGAGCGGGCCAGCAAGCGAAGAAGGAAGAAGCUGCGAAUGGAGGCACCCACGCCCGACAUCAAACCCAUGGGCCCACUGACGUUUAAAGACCACAUCCGCCGGCUGCACAUAUCACAGCCCGCGUACGCCGUCUGCUGUCUUCUGGGGAAGCGCUAUCCGGACACGGAGAAGGAAUUCAGAGAGCGUGGCCUGGAUGAGGGUGGCACGCGGGCGUUUGAUCCCCAGCUGCGUGGUCGCCGCAUGCGGCUGCCAACCCCAGUGACGUGGGAGAGGCAAGUGUCGAUGCGCGGGAAUCGCGGUACGGUCUGGGACGAGCUCAUUGCCAACAAUCACGUGCCGUUCAUGGCCAUGCUUCGCAACUUGCGGAAUAUCAUUCGGCACAAAUGCAGUGAAAACACCCACGCCGCUGUAAUACGGCGAUUGCUCUGCGAGGAGCAGGUGUUGGCGUCGCGGCAGUUUCCCUACCGGUUUCUCAGCGCUUUCAAGGCUCUUGAAGACGCAUUCGUGAAGGACUGCCAAGCCUGGGAUGCUCAAAUGAGGCUGAGGAAGAAGGAAGUUUUGCCAGAUCUCACCGACAACGAUACCCGCGGGCGUCUGCUGCGACGGUACAAUGAGGCAUUGGACAGGGCGGCGGAGAUUUCUAUGCGAGUCAAUAUCCCACCUAUUCGAGGAACCUCGCUUGUGAUCCUGUACGCAACCUCGGAUUUUGUGCACGAUUCCUCAGGUGGACAGCCGCAAUUUUACAAGGCCGUCCUCUUGGCGGUUGCCUUAAAGUACGCCUGCGAGCACUGUGUCGUACUGCUGGCAAGGAAGGGCGUGCACUGCGUGAUCGACGCGGACUUCCGCCGCGAGGAUGGCUUGCUGCACAACGUGAAAAGGGUAAAAAGUAUUUGCGAGGGGAUGGGAACUUCUGACGUAUCCGCCGUUAGAGGCAGAGCGCAGUCCACGCACAUCCGCGGCUUUCCCUACGCCUACCUAGACGACAUGCUUGAGCGUCGGGUGAAUCUCCAGUCCCUCGUCGUCAUGGGUCUCGCCCACAGCUGCUACUCUGGACAAAACGACGCCCCCUCGUUGGGGGAUCUGCCCGUCUACCUUGAACGCAUGCGGCGCACCUGCAACGAGGACCUCCUCUUCAUCUCUCUGCAGGCCUCGCUGGAGGAGGACGAGGCGGUAUCGUCGCGGUACCGCCACAAGAACGACGUGCUUUUGACCGGGUUUUCAGACGCCAUGCUGCGGUUUGUGGCGGAGCGUGUCUCGGGCGGGCCCCGGCGCUACGUUGAGCGGGCCGACGAGGUGUACGACGUUCACCGCGCGGCGGUGGUUCUCCCCGGCCGCGUGCCUGAGAAGGAGCUACAGACGCUGAAGCGCGUGCUCGCAGUCGAGCGGGGGCGUCGGGCGUACAACGGCAGCGCCGCAACGAAGUCGCUCUCGGAGGGAGGCCUGACCGACACCCAGGGCAGCUCGGCGGCGGGACGUGCAAGUGCAGCCUCAACGCCGCCGCCGUCGUCGCCGCUGCAACUGCUGACUCUCGCUUCGGCGAAAGCAAUGGCCGAUCCGGCGCGUGCGACUACGACGACGACGACGACGACGAAGGCAGCGGCGCCCGCUACACCCAUACGGGGGCUCCCGCCGGAACGCGGAUUCCUGUCGACCCACCAAGAGUGUCGCUUUUUUUCUCUCCUCAACCUUCAUUGA